UUUAUUGAAUUCUCCAAACAGUAUGUGUGACAUUUCCGAUGCGGAAAAAGUCUAUCAUGAAUGCAAGCAAGAAGGCCCUUUAUCAUUUGAAGACUGCUUAUCAUCAAAUAAAUUGAAGCAGUGUAAAAAGAUUGGUGAAGGAGCUUUUGGAGAAGUGUUUUGCACAACCAAUAACAAUGAUGAACUUGUUGCUUUAAAGAUCAUACCUAUUGAGGGAAAGGAUAUUGUGAAUGGAGAGAACCAGAAGAUGUUUGGUGAAAUCCUACAUGAGAUCAUUAUUUCCAAGGAACUAAGCAGCUUGAAAGAAAGAAAACACAAUCGAUCAGAUGGUUUUAUAACUUUACACAGUCUGCAUUGUGUUAAGGGAUCCUAUCCUGAACCCCUGCUUAAGGCUUGGGAUGCAUUUGAUAAAGAGAGACAAUCUGAAAAUGAUCGACCAGAUUUCUUUGGAAAUGACCAGUUGUUUCUGGUACUAGAAUUUGAAUUUGGAGGGAGUGAUCUUGAAAACAUGCAAAAAAAACUGCCUUCACUGAUUACAGCAAAGAGUAUUUUGCAUCAGUUACUGCAGCCUUAG